GGGUCAUGGGGGGCAUUAUGGCCAUUAACACUCAGGAAACCAGGGUCUCUAACACCUCGGAUACGAGGAUCACAGUGGAGCAGCUGGAAGCUGGGAGCUUGUACACCUUCACUGUCCAGGCGGAGAGGAAUGGGGUCAGCAGUGACAACAGGACACUCACGGAAGCCACUGCUCCCAACAGGGUCACGGAUCUGCACAAGGAAACUCAGACCAACAGCUCCAUCACCUUGAGCUGGACAGCUCCCAUGGGCCCAGAUCGUCCUUCCUACACCUACCGGGUCUCGUGGGUCAUGGGGGGCAUUAUGGCCAUUAACACUCAGGAAACCAGGGUCUCUAACACCUCGGAUACGAGGAUCACAGUGGAGCAGCUGGAAGCUGGGAGCUUGUACACCUUCACUGUCCAGGCGGAGAGGAAUGGGGUCAGCAGUGACAACAGGACACUCACGGAAGCCACUGCUCCCAACAGGGUCACGGAUCUGCACAAGGAAACUCAGACCAACAGCUCCAUCACCUUGAGCUGGACAGCUCCCAUGGGCCCAGAUCGUCCUUCCUACACCUACCGGGUCUCGUGGGUCAUGGGGGGCAUUAUGGCCAUUAACACUCAGGAAACCAGGGUCUCUAACACCUCGGAUACGAGGAUCACAGUGGAGCAGCUGGAAGCUGGGAGCUUGUACACCUUCACUGUCCAGGCGGAGAGGAAUGGGGUCAGCAGUGACAACAGGACACUCACGGAAGCCACUGCUCCCAACAGGGUCACGGAUCUGCACAAGGAAACUCAGACCAACAGCUCCAUCACCUUGAGCUGGACAGCUCCCAUGGGCCCAGAUCGUCCUUCCUACACCUACCGGGUCUCGUGGGUCAUGGAGGGCAUUAUGGCCAUUAACACUCAGGAAACCAGGGUCUCUAACACCUCGGAUACGAGGAUCACAGUGGAGCAGCUGGAAGCUGGGAGCUUGUACACCUUCACUGUCCAGGCGGAGAGGAAUGGGGUCAGCAGUGACAACAGGACACUCACGGAAGCCACUGCUCCCAACAGGGUCACGGAUCUGCACAAGGAAACUCAGACCAACAGCUCCGUCACCCUGGGCUGGAACGUGCCGGAUGGCACGUCCUCUCAGCACUACCUGUACGGGAUCCAGUGGGAGGGUACCGGCCCAUCUGGGAACAAAAACACCGCCAACACCAGCAUCCUUGUGGACGGACUGCAGCCCGGGUCCUGGUACCAGUUUACCGUGUGGGUGGAGCUAAAUGGAAUCCGCAGCUCGGAGGUGACUUGCAACGGCAGCACGGUUCCCAAUGUAGUGACAAGUCUCAGGAUGCAGAACCAGACCAACAGCUCCAUCACCUUGAGCUGGACAGCUCCCAUGGGCCCAGAUCAUCCUUCCUACACCUACAGGGUCUCGUGGGUCAUGGAGGGCAUUAUGGUCAUUAACACUGAGGAUACCAGGUUCUCUAACACCACCUCGGAUACGAGGAUCACACUGGAGCAGCUGGAAGCCGGGAGCUUGUACACCUUCACUGUCCAGGCGGAGAGGAAUGGGGUCAGCAGUGACAACAGGACACUCACGGAAGCCACUGCUCCCAACAUGGUCAUGGAUCUGCACAAGGAAGCUCAGACCAGCAGCUCCAUCAGCCUGCGGUGGAAGGUCCCCACAGACCCCCACUCUCAGGCCUACACAUACUGGGUCCAGUGGGCCACUGGGGGACAUCCCCAAGGAGACCAUGUCCCCCGAGGACAUCACACCAACCAGAUAGGAGAGACCAGUCACACCUACUAUGAGGUUCGCUUGGAACCCGGGACUCUGUACAACUUCAGUGUGUGGGCAGAGAGGAGCAAUGUGGGCAAUCCUGCACAGGGCCUCCUUGAAUCCACAUCCCCGAGCCCGGUCACCAUCACCUCCUGCAUGAGCACCUCUGGGGGUCACGGGGUCGUCUUGACCUGGUCCUGCCCCCAGGGAGGCUAUGAGGCCUUUGAGUUGCAGGUGGGUGGACAGCAGGACUCUCAGAACAGGUCGUCCUGUGGGAAGAGGGUGUCUGUUUGGGGUCUCUGGCCAGCCCAGUCCUACUCAGCUACUGUCACGACCAUCUGGGAUGGAAUGAGGGCCCCGUCUGCCUCUGUGACCUGCCCCACCGAGAACACAGGGGUCAUCGUGGGAGCCAUUGUCGGUGUCACCCUGUUUCUCGUCCUGGUGGGUCUGCUGAUUUUCUUCCUGAAGAAGAGGCAGAAGAAGAGCCAGAGGGAACCAGCACCCAGGCGUCUGGUCUUCAGCUUCUCAGAGGACAUCUGGGCAGAAGACUUUGCUGACCAUGUCAGGAAAAAUGAGAAGGACAGCAAUUUUGGCUUUGUAGAGGAGUACCAGCAAUUGGCUCUGGGGACCCACAGCCAGUCUCAAACAGUGGCCUUGGAUCCUGAAAACAGCGCCAAGAACCGUUACAGAAACGUGUUCCCCUAUGACUGGUCCCGUGUGCCCCUGAAAGCCAUCAAGGAGGAGCCAGGCUCUGACUACAUCAACGCCAGCUUCAUACCUGGUCUCAAGAACCCCCAGGAGUUCAUCGCAACCCAGGGCCCCCUACGCCAGACGGUGGGUGACUUCUGGCGCCUGGUGUGGGAGCAGCAGAGCCGCACCCUCGUCAUGCUGACCAACUGUGUGGAAUCCGGCCAAGUGAAGUGUGAAUGUUACUGGCCUCUUGACGCCAAGCCCUGCACACAUGGGCACCUCCAAGUGACGCUGGAGGGCGAGGAGGUGCUGGAGAACUGGACAGUCCGAGACCUGACGCUCCAGCACAUGCAAGAGCAGAAAACGUUGCCUGUGCGACAGUUCCAUUACGUGAUGUGGCCAGACCAUGGCGUCCCCCACUCCACAGACCCCUUGCUGGCCUUCCGGAAGGUGCUGCGGCAGUGGCUGGACCAGACCACGGAGGGAGGCCCCCCCAUUGUGCACUGCAGUGCUGGCGUGGGCCGCACGGGUACCCUCAUUGCCCUGGACGUCCUGCUGAGGCAGCUGGACCAGGAUCAACGUGUGGGUCCCUUCAGCUAUGUGCAGAAGAUGAGGGAAAGCCGGCCUCUGAUGGUGCAGACUGAGGCCCAGUAUGUCUUCCUGCACCACUGCAUCCUACGAUUUCUCCAGCAGUCAGGCCGAGUUCCAACAGACAACGUGGUUGCAUAUGAGAACCCGCUGUAUGAGAAUGUCUGAGCCUCAGGAGGGCUGAGAUGCCAGACCAGCUAGACUCAAAGUCUGGAUCCCCACUUCAGCCCAGGUUCCUGGAGUCCUGGGACAACACAAGGCUGGGGUCCCAGACUCUGGGGUCUUGCAGGGGGAGAAGAGGCCUGGCAGCCUAAACUGUUUCCAUGGAGGAUGAAGGACAGGUGGGAGCAGGUAUCCUGGUUAUCCAGGUAUCCACGUAUCCUGGACUUCCUCUGAGGAAGGACCAAUGGGAGCUAGGAUUUCCUUCUUCUUUGAUGGAGGGGUAGACUGGGGGCUCAGGCUGCAGGGUCUUUGAGAAAGAAGAUGGAUUCUGAGGAAGGAAGAAAUUAGAGUCUGGAAUUCUAGUGACCCCAGGAGCAAGGGCAGGCAGGAUCCACCCAUGUUUUAUUCCAGAAACCAAAUCAGGCUCCUAGUAUCUGAGAUUUCCCUGCACCCCAUUGCUUGUACGUAUUUUCUCUUCUAUCCCAUGAUUUAUUAAAUCACUAUUCUCUCCAGAGACGCUUGCUAGAGUGGAUUUCUGGGUCUGGGGUAGGAGAAGGGCUGGAUUCCAGAUGUUCAGGUCCUGAGGCUAAUGUCCUGGGAGAGAAGCUAGAGGGACCCACAAUUUGGCAUCCCCCCAAAAAAGUGUUUGGAUGGUCCAGUCUCUCAGAAAGGGUUGGAGGUCCACACUUGUGUCCAGGGUCUGGGCAGUGCGGAUGCCAUUUGCUGAAGCUAGGCUCAUAGGGUCU